GGAAUCACACGCUUAGCUUCAGUAAAAGCAAUAAACGUUUAUCAAAUGGCAUUAUGUAGGAUACCUGGACACAAUUACAUGUUUUUAAGGGUUCGGAAUAUUUUAUUGUAUAAAACAAAAGAUAUGUAUAGCAUGCCGUAAUUAUAGAUAGUGUAUUUCAAAUUCCGGAUGUAGUGAGAGGAAGACUUAAUUAGGGUAAUGGAACUGCUAUAACUUAUAAUGACAUCUACUUUACGAUACGCCAGAGGCAAGGAAGUUGGGGCGGUAGCUUUCAACAUUAAAGAACAGAAAUUCCUAGAAAAAACCAUGCAGACUAUAGAAAUUGAGAGAAAUUAUUCCCUUAAACUGUUGGAUUUAAACCACAGAAUAGUGAGAGUUAAUCAUAAGAAACUCAAAGAUCGGGUGGGCAGGAUUCAAUCACACUUAAAAGCUGAUGAAAUCCAAGAACUACGCGACAAAGAAGCGACUGGUGAUUUGAAAAUAUCUUCCAAUUGUAUUAAUCUAGGAAGUGCAAGGAAAAUUGCAUCUGCCGCUAAAAGGUUGCACCUUUCGGAAUCUUUCAAAAGACCUUCGUCACAUGCUACACCAAGAAUGCCCCCUGAAACAGCUGUAUUACUCUUUCGACCCCAUUCUGUUUCCGGUGCAUUCAUGAACGCUCCUAUUACUUCCGGACAUCAACAUCGACACCAUACACAUUUAAAAAGUAAUAAUGACCCAGGAGUUAAUGAUAGUGUAUCUUCAAAAACUAGUGAUGAUUCUUCUGAUGCUGUGGACAAUGCUACUCACCUACCACGUCCGAAUACCACAGUGGGCGCUACCAGAACUCGUUCAGCUCUUUUGCCAAGUCUUUCUACUGCUCCAGCUCAAUCUACCACUCAAAUGUCAACCAACAGCCAACGGGAAUCUAACCCUGGCUUCUCCUCUCAUAAUCCUCUUUCAAGAACACUGUCAAGAUCACACUCGUCUUGUAGAGCUUCGGGGGUAGUGGACGAAGCGAUCGAAAGCAAUUUGGGAGAGGACAUUUACGAAGAGAGACGCCAAGACUUACUUCGUUUUCAAGAAGCACACGCUUUAGUUUUGGAAAAGCGGAAAGAUGAGUUUAUAAAAGAUGUAGAUAGUUAUAUAGAAGAGAUUAAACUGGCGACCAAAAGAAAGAAAAUACCACAAUUUCUAGAGAGAACUUGCUCUGAAAAUGAAUCUGACAAUGGGGAACAUUCAUUUGAAAAAUCACCUAUACCACGACGACGUGUCGAUUUCGAUGGCAUCCCGACCCAUAUGCCGGAAUUUGAAUAUGCCAAACGCAUAGAAAAUCUUUGGAGUGGAAUGACUAAAUGCCGAUAUUUACGAAUACCUGAUGAAAUAUUAGACUUGUCGGGAAUAAAGACAUUAGCCAAGGAUCAGUUUCAAUUACAUACUGUAUGGAAAGAUAAUGCACCUGUUAACUGAUUCCUUUAUCUCCAUGAGCGUUUUUCCUGCAAUUUCGUUUUCAUUUUAUUUUGGGAAAGACCCCAUCUGUGAAUUACUACCCCCUGUAUGUGAUAGAUCGUUUCAGGCGUCAGUCGUCAGGCACUUGAUGAUUCUACUUCGGAUAGUCGGAAUUGCUAUCAUGUGUGUUUGACUUCUGAAAAUUUACGCCGUUAGAGAAUUUGUCAUCACAUAUGCUCAUUUUUCAAGGACAUUGAUUUUAAACCCUGCUUGCUUGUGAAUGUGGAAACCCUGGAUAUUUCAUCAUGUUUCAGUGAACACAAACUGCUGAUAUAUUUGCCCAACAGUAAUCCACACUAAUUGAACUAAUUCAAGAACCGUUAUAUAUACUAAAUUCUCUUGAAAUGAUUUAAUAUAAAUAAAUCUCGAACAUAAUGAGAUAGAAAUACCUUAUGCUUUCAUUUGAUCCAAAUAACGAUCCGAAAGAAAAGUAAAAUAUAUGAUUUUCC